AUUAGUGGCGGCAGGUAUUUAUACUCAGAGUGAGUGAGUGAGUGAGUGAGUGAGUGAGUGAGCGAGUGCAGAGCAACAUGCAGCAGAUCUACAGACACACUGAUGAUCAGUUAGAAAUUUAUACAACUGUGUUUUCCCCACAAGUCUGCAGGUCGAGGACGAGGAGCAGACCCGAGGAGGCCGAGCAGGUGGUGGUGGCGGGGACUCAGUACCGCUCCCAGAGGCCGAAGGGACUGGACCUGAACCCCGGAGACCGGAUCCAGGUUCUGUUCAAGGAGGAUGAGGACUGGUGGUUUGGACGUCUGUCGAAUGAACAUGAAGGUUAUUUCCCUGCGUCGUGUGUGGAGCAGGGCAGGGAGUCAUCCAGAGCCACGCCCCUGCUGGUCAGGAGGGGGUCAGUGCCGGUCGCUGUGACACCUGCAGGCGCCCCCUGUGGUUGCACCAGCGGUCGCAGUACUCCGAAGCUGCUCAGAAAAAGAAGCGUCCUUCUGGGACUGGAGGGGGGGUCGGGUCCCAGCUCCCCCGGCCUCCUCCACCGGGUCCUGUCCAAGUCCAGGAGAAAGAGCUGCCCCCACCUCCCCCACCUCCCCCAACCCCCCCACCCCCCUGCAGACCCCGGCUCCUUCAACACGGCCUUCCUGCCGGACGACGCCGGACACUGAAAUAUGAAAUAAUAAAUCCAAUAACAACAUGAAGCUUCAUCACGUCUCCUCUGAUGCUUUAAUAUAGUAAAACAACAAAGAAAUAUAUCUAUGAAUUCAUAUGAUAUUUAA